AUGGCUGGACAGAAGAUUUGGCUGCGCGCUGAGACCAAGCCCGCUGAGGCCCGCUCUGCUUUGACCCCGACCACUUGCAAAGCAUUGAUUGAUGCAGGCUACGAUGUCACAGUUGAGCGUUCGACGCAAAGAAUUUUCGACGAUGAUGAAUUUGCCCAGAUUGGAGCCCCCCUCGUUGAAGAAGGCUCAUGGGUCAAGGAUGCCCCCAAGGAUGCUGUGAUUCUGGGUCUCAAGGAACUGCCAGAGGACGACUUUCCUCUCGAACAUGUGCACGUCACAUUUGCACACUGCUAUAAGCAACAAGGUGGCUGGGAAAAUGUGCUGAGCCGCUGGCAUCGUGGCAAGGGUCUCCUGCUGGAUCUGGAGUUCCUCACAGACGAGUCUGGCCGCCGUGUGGCCGCCUUUGGCUUCUCCGCUGGUUAUGCCGGCGCGGCUCUCGCUAUCAAGAACUGGGCCUGGCAAUUGACUCACCCUGAAGGCGAGGUCCUUCCCGGUGAAGUUCCAUAUGCCAACCAGGAUCUCCUGAUCGCUUCCGUCAAGGAGAGUGUCGAGGCUGGUAAGAAGAUCGCGGGUCACUAUCCUCGCAUUCUUGUCAUUGGAGCGCUGGGUCGCUGCGGCAAGGGUGCCGUGCAACUGGCAAAGGACGUUGGUGUUCCCGAGUCCAACAUUAUCCAAUGGGAUAUGGCAGAGACUGCCAAGGGUGGACCAUUCAACGAGAUCAUUCAGAGCGAUAUCUUCGUCAACUGCAUCUACCUCAGCUCUCCCAUUCCGCCAUUCGUCAACGUUGAGACUCUCUCAUCUCCCUCUCGCAAACUCUCCGUCGUUUGCGAUGUCAGCGCCGACACUACCAACCCCCACAACCCUAUCCCUAUCUACGACAUCACCACCACCUUCGACAAGCCCACGGUACCUGUCACCCUGCCAGCCGGUACUCAGGGUCCUCCCUUGAGUGUCAUUAGCAUUGACCAUCUGCCCUCUUUGCUUCCUCGUGAAAGUUCGGAGCAAUUCAGUCAAGCACUUCUCCCCAGCCUGCUUCAGCUGAAGGACCGACACACUGCGCGUGUGUGGGUACAAGCCGAGGAACUCUUCAAUGAGAAGGUUGCCACUCUACCAGCGUCCAUGCGGGCUUAG